CUGGGUGAUAACCAGACCUUCUCAAGCCAGCCGCGAGUCUGUAGUUAUUUAUAGGAAAUCUUAAAUUAUUCUGUUUCCAACUCAUUUUCAUCGUUCUUAAUUGCUCUUCUUCAAAGUACAGACAUAUAAUGCAAGGCUAUAUACCAUUUAAAUAAACGUGUAUGACAUAGCCUUCGGAAAGUACAGAUUAAUCAUUACCUCGACUGCCUCAGCGCAGCCCGGAGCAGCGCGCACGGUCGCAGUGUGGAUAGUUACAGCCCACGCAGGCUAACGGGUCGCCAUCCCACUCCGCUCCGCGGCAAAUACCCACUUGCGACUUGUCCCGUAAAAUUCCAGACUUUGCAGCUCUUCUGCAGCACAGCAUACUGACACAUCUUGGGAUAGGCACGGGGUCGACGUGAUCCCAACUGCGGCGAAAACCUUCCAUGUGGCUCUGGCUACUGAUAUCCCUGGAGCUCCUGAGAGUGCAGAAACGUCCCUCAUGUUACGUCCCUCCAUUUUAGUGAGGAGACCAUCAGGGAAAUAUGAGUGACACUACCAAGAGGACCAGGGAAACUCCCAACAGCAGCACGGACCCAGAUGGGCCCGCCCAGGCUCAAUACGGGGGGGAUCAAGUGAAGGCUGCAGCUCUACAGAAGGAUGUGGGGCUGUUCAGUGGGAUAUGCCUCAUCGUCGGGACAAUGAUAGGCUCAGGGAUCUUCAUCUCCCCGAAGGCAGUGCUGUCCGGCACGGGUGCCGUUGGGCCGUGCCUCUCCGUAUGGGCUGCCUGUGGAGUUCUGGCAACACUUGGUGCUCUGUGCUACGCAGAACUCGGAACUAUGAUCACCAAGUCUGGGGGGGAAUAUCCAUAUUUAAUGGAGGGCUUUGGCUCACUUGUGGCCUUCCUCUACUCGUGGACCACAGUGAUAGUCCUGAAGCCUUCAUCCUUUGCCAUCAUCGCGCUCAGCUUCGCCGAGUACGCCGCCGUGCCCUUCUACCCAGGAUGCCCCCCGCCAGCAGUCAUUAUAAAGUGUCAGGCAGCUGCCAGCAUUUUGCUGAUCACCUUGGUAAACAGUCUGAGCGUCAAGCUGGCUAGCUAUGUGCAGAUCUUCUUCACAGUAGCGAAGCUCCUCAUCAUCCUGAUCAUCGUGAUAGCUGGGAUGGUGCUGCUUGCACAAGGAAAUACAGAAAAUCUGACGAAUGCCUUUGAAGGUGCAUCCCCCUCAUUCGGCACCAUUGGUUUGGCGUUCUACAACGGCCUGUGGGCCUAUGAUGGCUGGAAUCAGCUCAACUUUAUUACAGAGGAGCUUAAAAACCCAUACAGAAACUUACCCCUGGCCAUCAUCAUUGGGAUACCGCUGGUGUCUGUCUGUUACAUCCUUGUUAACAUUGCAUAUUUCACUGCCAUGACUCCUAUAGAACUGCUGCAGUCCCCAGCAGUCGCUGUGACGUUCGGUGAUCGGGUCCUCUACCCAGUGUCCUGGGUGGUCCCCCUUUUUGUGGUCUUUUCCACCUUUGGGGCUGCCAAUGGCAGCUGCUUUACCGCUGGCAGGUUGACCUAUGUGGCAGGACGUGAAGGUCACAUGGUCAAGAUCCUGUCAUACAUCAGUCUAAGGCACUGCACACCAUCUCCCGCCAUCAUAUUUAAUGGCAUCCUGUCCAUAAUUUACAUCAUGCCUGCGGACAUUAAUAUGCUCAUCAACUACUUCAGCUUCGCCCAGUGGACCUUCUAUGGUCUAACGGUUCUGGCCCUUAUUGUCAUGCGCUUCACCAGGAAGGAACUCAGAAGACCAGUCAAGGUACCCAUUCUUCUUGCAGCAGUGGUCUUCCUUGUGUCUUGCUACUUGGUUCUUGCUCCCAUCAUCGAGCAGCCUGAGCUGGAGUACCUGUACUGUGCCAUCUUCAUUUUUAGUGGUCUGAUCUUUUACUUCUUAUUUGUGCACUACAAAUGGAGCUGGACCCGACGAGUUAUGAGACCCGUUACCAAGUACCUUCAACUACUAAUGGAAGUAGUUCCACCAGAAAAGACUGAAUGAGGUGGGAAAAGUGUAGACAGACAUUUGUAAUUACAGUGACAGGAAGGCAAGUAGAAAUGGCCAAGGAACUUCUACAAGAAAGGAUCUUUUCGCAAUUCAUGUACAUAUACGUGCUUCAGUCAAGCUGUUGAAAGAAUUUCAUAAAGCAUGUGAACCACACCUCUCGUUAUGGACUGCAGAAAGUCACACGAUGACAGAGGAAAUGAGAGAAUGAUAAUCAUACAUAGCUGCUGAAUCAGAGAUGCUUAAUAUUGUUGGACUGAAAUCUUACUAAUAUAAAUUUACUUACAAAUAACUGAUAAUUCAUUUCAUCCCUUACAUUAAUGCAUAGCUAAUGUACAGUAAAUACAAUUAGUUUUAUUAGCCUGUGUAGUGAAUAUUACACUGUAUUUUUUUCUUCUGUCUUUUUUAAUUCAGGGAUCUGUUUUCUGUCAUUUAUUCAUCUGGGUUAUGACAUAAGGGGAAGCUGUUGAACUGCAACAUAUGACUUGAUUAACAGACCGUUCAUAAUUCAUAGUGUAUCAUUUUGAUGUGGUGAUAGAAAUAUAUUUAUACCUUUUGAUGUUUCUUGGCUUCUUUUAAAGUAAUUCUUUCUGGUGUUUCUCAGUCAGCACUAAGAAAUGCUACAGAUUUAAUAACUGAGGCUCACAUGUAUUAUUUUGAUAAAAAUUAUUUAACAAGGGUACGAGUUGUACUAGAAUGCCUUUGUUAUCGGGGAUGUUCAGGGUGGUUUUUUCUUGAAAGGGGAGGCAUAAAGCCAUCUGUUACAUUAUGUGUUUAAUUAUUCAGUUUUAAAACUUGUCAUCCAGUUUGACUGGUCACUGUGUUACUGGCAAUGGGAAUAUUAAACAUUUGUAAUUUCCUAAAAUUGGGCAUGUUGAUUUAUAAUUAAUUAUAUUUUGGACCAUG